GACACCCUUCUCGGCUUCUGCUUUGCCCCGGGAUGUCCGUCCGAGUGGUAGCAUGUAGAUGUUAAAGAGAAGAGGCCUACAGAUGGAGUCUUGAUGUGUAGUCACCUACAGUAUAGAAACAAAGUGUUUCCUGUCCUUUAAGUAGGAUUCAAACCAAUUUAAGUUUGCCUGCAGAUCUGGAACAGACUUGUUAUCCUUCUGUCAAGAUGCUAACAAAGCCUGUUUCUCCUUCUCAGUCGAGGAGGACUCGUCUUCGUCCUGCAAUAUCUGAGACGGUCCUAACAUCCAACCACAUGGUCCUGUAUGCCUCGGUGGUCCCGCCACAACUUUUGCCCUCCAGAGAGAUUAUUCGUCCUUCUUGGACUGCUUCGUUCCUUUCAAACUUCCUGCGUGGUGGUCCAGCAAGUCUGGUCGACCUUCAUCCCGUCCUCUACAGCUGCUUCUCCCAUCUGGUCCCUCUAUCUGCCCCCAGGCCCUCCUCCUGAUACUUCCUGCCAGAGAGAACCAAAGACUCAUCUCUGCAGAACAUGAAGCUCAGUCAGAUAAAACAUCUUGGAGAGUUGAGUGUAGCGUCCUAUAGUCAGGUCAGAGAGACUGCUCUGAGAAUGGUACAUCCAGAAGAGUCUGCAGUGUGAAGAGCAUGAAACUAUUUCAAAACGACAUGAACAUUACGCCGGCUAAUACAAGUGUUUAAAAGAUGCAUUAGAUGCUCGUUGAGUUUAAUAAUGUUUCUGAUGGUUAUGUGGUCAGAGGGUAACACCUGCAGAGCUCUGCUGCUGCUGUUAACCACAUCUUCACAGAAACGAUUCUUCAGUUCUCGGAAAAAGUAAAAAUAAAUCUGCAGAGAUGCAAAGAGGAACCACCAUGUUGUUAACAUUCAUUAAAACCAACAAUCUUUACAUUCUCAACUUCCUCUGUUGUGUUGCUGAUGAAGAACGCCUAGUUACCGUCACUCUGAAUAACCAAAGACAAGAAAUGCAUCAAACUUACAAAUCUGAUGUUAAAAAAGUGUCUUACUCUUUUUAUUACUCAACAAAAACAAAAGAGAUGAAAUGCUGAUGUCACACAUUAACCCAACGGCCAUCAGAGGAGAGAUGGAUGAGGAAGUGACGUCAUUACCACAGGAAGCAGAUGCUGAGUUCUUGUUGAAGAAGCAGCCGGUGAGAGACUCUGACAGUCGAGAGCCAGAGACCGAGAGAGAAGCACGAUGUCUGAAUUCAGAAGGAUCGUGAUGUCUUCAUUCCUGAUGCUGCUGCUCCACUUUCCAGCUGCAGAUGUGAAACGUUACUCCCGCAUUGUCAGAGUUGGAGAUAAAGUCACUUUGCCUUGUUACAAUGUGACACAUGAUCAGGAAAAGUGUGAGAGAACUACCUGGACCUUCAGUGAUUCAAGAAGCUCAGUGACGCUGUUUGAAUACGGAAAGAUUCACAAAGAAGCCAAAGCUAAUUCAGACAGACUGAGAGUUAAACAAAAGUGUUCUCUGGUUAUAAAGAACGUCACAGAGGAAAAUGCUGGUCGUUAUGAUUGUCAACAAUACAACAAAUCCCAGCAUAAACAAGUGACUGAGCAUCAGGACAAUAAUGAGGUGACGUUACGUUGCUCUUUGAUGACACGUGGAAACUGUACACUCGCAGUGAAGUGGCUGCUUCAGGGUCAAGAUGUGGAUAAAGAUCACAGAGAGAUAAAGACAUCACAGUCUUCCUGCUCUGCCUCUGUGACAUUUCAGACUUCUCCUUUUAGUUACACACCAAGGUCUAAGUUGUUUACUUGUGAAGUAACUGAUGAGAACACCAGGAAAGUACAUCUGUUUCCCUUCAGCCCUCAGUCCUCAGGUUGGUGGUGGUGGAUCAUCGUUGUGAUCGUGGCUGUUGCAGCACUCACAAUAAUCACUGUGGCUGUCAUCAGACGGAAGAGGACUCAAGGGAACGAAACCCAGACGGACAACAUGGCUAACCCUGAAGAUGGUGCUUUCUACGCCUCCAUCAGCUACACCAGGAAGAGCAGCAGGGCUCACCUUCAUGAUGAUGAUGAAGAUGCAGUGACCUACAGCACUGUGAGAGCUCCCUCCUCUUCCUCUGCUGCCUCCGCUGAUCCCAGCCUCCUCUACGCCACCGUCAACAAACCAAGAAAGAAACCGAUGUAAUGUUUAAAUCAAUAGCAAGAUCGCCUGGAUCAAAGAUUUAGAGUUUAAGAGCACAGCUAGCAGAGUUUAAUAAGAUUUAUAUUAAUCAUGUUUUUGCUUUUUGUGGCUUAAAUGCAGCAAAGUGAGAGUACAGCAGCAGCUUCAUGAAAACAUGCUAGUCCCUCUAGAGGUGGAUUGUGAAAAAGGUUCAGACAUGUUGGAGAUUUACUGCAUUCUUCAUAAUUAGAGCAUGGGCAAAAUGUUUUUUUUUAAUUAAUUCUUGCUUCGUUUAAUUAACCGUUGUUUAGUUAUAUCAUUUAAUGGAAUAUUGCAUUUUCUUUAAUAUAUUUGAUUGUGUUGUAUUUUUACCAAAUUAAGUUUCCUAAUAGCCUUACCAGACUGCAGAUCUAUUUCCAUGUACCACCUUUUCAGUGAAAUGUGUUUAGCUUUGUUUGGAGUUUUGUGUUGGACAUAAAAACCGUUCUCAGGUGAAAAUAAACUCUUUUAAA